AGGACAGAGUGAAGAGCAGUAGCCGGCAAGAACAGCCGAGCUCAAUCAGCAGAAAGGACAGAGAACUCUUGGAGCCUUUCUUGGCGUCCCAGGACUUCAGCACCUUGGACACCUCACCAGCCCUCAGGACCGCGAAGAACACUGCUCAGCCCGAGGUGCAGGAAUGGAAAGCAGAAACAAGCCCCAGCUCCUGGUGUUCCUGACGCUUUGCAGUGUGCUCUUCUCGCAAACCCUGGCGUGGCCUCUUUAUGGAGCCCCGGCAGCUCUGAGAUUGGAUGACAGAAUGCCACUGGAAGCAGCCAAUGACCCUGAUCAGGUUUCAUUAAAAGCAGACACUGACAUCCUGCAAAAUGUGUUAGCUGAAAACGACACACCCUACUAUGAUGCAUCCAGAAAUGCCAGACAUGCUGAUGGAGUCUUCACCAGCGACUUCAGUAGACUGCUGGGUCAACUCUCUGCCAAGAAGUACCUCGAGUCCCUUAUUGGAAAACGCGUCAGUAAUGCUGUCCUGGAAGAGCCGGUACCAGUGAAACGCCACUCAGACGCCGUCUUCACCGACAACUACACACGCCUUAGGAAGCAAAUGGCUGUCAAGAAAUACUUGAACUCCAUCCUGAAUGGGAAGAGGAGCGUUGAGGGAGAAUCCCCAGGCUUUCCUGAAGAGUUAGAAAAGUGAGGAAGCUGCUCUUUGGAGAACAGUUGGUGACAACUUGCUAGUGAAUUCUUGAAGGAAAUGGAUAAAAUAAUUACAUUCUGAGUUCUACAUGAAUAGUUCAACAAAACAACUUCAAUAUCAAACCAAAUAAAAUAUAUUGUAUUGUGAAUGUUGUGGUUUAUUUUAUUCUAUUGUAAUAACUGUGAUGUUUGCAUUGUAAAUAUUAUUUGAGGAUUUGAAACAUUGUCAUAGCUCAUAAAAGCUUGUAAUUUCAUAUGUUGUAUAUUCUUUCUAACAAAAAUAUAUUUAGUGAUAACUAGAGAUUAGAGUAACAACAAUUCUAUGAGGCUUUGGGAAUGAGUAGUAAUAGAACAAAAUCAAUGUGCAUAUUUAUGGAGUAUACUUAACAAUCCAGAAGAGUAGAUUACAUUACCGUGUCUAAAUUUGAAUGUUAAUCGGAUUGAAUGUUGUGUUAAAUAAAUCUCAAAAUAUCUAUGAGAAUGAUAAUAGCAAAGAUAAAAAGAUACACUUCAAAAAGAGAUUCAGAAAAUUUUAUGCAUUUGCACAUUUCUAAUGAAAUUAAAAUAUCUCUAAUUUGGAUCAGAAGUUGCCAAAGAUUUAAUUCUAAUCUAAUAAUUGCACUAAAGGGAAUGCUGCCUGCUUCUGGUGUUGGAACUUCUCUUUACACUUGUACUAAGUAUGUGUAAAGUGUAAACUGAAUGAAACACUUUUCAAUAAUAAAUAUGUUUUUUUAAUAGUCACCCAAAAUGCUGCUCUGGUUAUAUCAGCUUCCUUCAGUGAAAGUACAUUUGAAGACACAACUAUUUUUCCAAAAUGAUUGUAAGAAUUUAAAUAUAGAAAAUAAAGAUCUUUGAUUACC